CGUCAGUAUUCAGAAAUAGUUUAAAUUUAAAAUGAAUAUUUUAAUAAAAUGGUUUUUGACCUAGAAAAUCUUUACUGGGAUGCAGCAUCGAGUUCCUCAAGCUCAACCAAAAUUUUUUGCAACGAAAAUAUAAAUAAAUGUAGCGCUUGCAAAUGCCGGUCAAGUUUAAGUAGUCAUACAUAUUCAAUUCUUAAGAGGAUAUGCCAUAAAAUUUUUAAGAAGUACAAUCGUCAGCAAUGUCGUGAAAAGUAUUCUAUCUUUAAUGGUGGGAACAGUUUGAGUCCCCAUGGAGCUGAUACACUUAAGUGUGACGAAUAUAGCGAUAACAGAAACAACUAUGAUGAACAGAAGAAGGGAAAAGAUCAGACAGUUAAUUCUGAAGAUUCCUCUUUAAAAAGAAAGAAAAGCCUAUCAUUGAAAAAUGGUGUCGAUGUCGAGAAAAAUAUGCCGUCAAAGUUAUCAAAAGGUAAUUUUAGAAAAAGUAGUGGGCCAAACGAGAGCGAAGAUAAAGGAGGAAUUUCGAAAAGAGGAAAAUCAAAAGGCAAUAUAGACACUGACGAUGAUGAGAAAGGUAGAGCAGGAAAAGGUGCAGGCAAAAAGAGCACCGAUGGUGAUGAAUUCCGAGGAGCUUCGAAAACAGGAAAAGGCAAGGGGAAAAAAGACAAAAAUGAGGAAGAGAGAGGUGGAGCUUUAAAAACAGAAAAAGGAAAAGGCAAAAAGGACACCACUGAUAAUUUCAAAGAUGGAACUUUGAAAAAGAGAGCGAAAGGCACUAGGGAUACUGAAGAUGAAGAUAAAGGGAGACCUUCAAGGCCGGGAACAAGUAAAGGCAAGAAAGACACCGAUGAUGAUGAUGAAGGCAGAGCUUCAAAGGCAGGAAAAAGUAAGAGCAAAAAAGACACUGAUGAUGAUGAUGGAAAGUCGAAAAAAGGAAAAGGUAAAGGAAAAGAGGAUUCCAAUGAUGAGGAGAAAGGUCUUAAAGCUUCGAAAAGCGGAAAAGCAAAAGGACAGAAUGACCCCGAUGAUGAUGAGAAAGGUAAAGUUUCAAAGAGCGGGAAAGCAAAAGGCAAGAAUGACACCGAUGAUGAUGAGAAAGGUAUAUCUUUAAAACUUGGAAAAAGUAAAGGCAAAAAGAGUAUCGAUGAUGAUGAGAUACAUGGAACUUCGAAAACAGGGGAAGCUAAGGCAAAAAAAGACCCAGAUGCUGAAACUUCAAAAACGGAAAAAACAAGUGGGAAAAAGAGCACCGAUUUAAAGACAGAAAAAGGAAAAGGCAAAAAGGAUACCGCUGAUGAGAUCAAAGAUGGAUUUAUGAAUGUGAAAGCAAAAAACACGCGAGACAACGAAAUUGAUGAUAAAGGCAGAGCUUCGAAGCCGGGAAAAAGUAAAGGCAAAAAAGAUACGAAUGAUGAUGAUCAAGACAGAGCUUCGAAACCGGGAACAAGUAAAAGCAAAAAGGACACCGAUGGUGAUGAUAAAGACGGAGCUUUAAAGCCGGGAAAAAGUAAAGGCAAAAAGGACACCGAUGAUGAUGACAAAGGCAUUGCUUUGAAACCGGGAAAAAAUAAAGGCAAAAAGGAUACUGAUGAUGAGAAAGAUGUGUCCGUGAAAAUGGGCAAGGCAAAAGACAAAAAGAAUAACAUUGAUGAAAUUAAGGAUGAAAAUUCAAAAGCGAAAUCGAAAAGCAUGAAAGAUGUGAAUGCUGAUAGUAAAGAUGGACCUUUAAACGUAGGAAAAGGUAAAAGCAAGGUUUCAAUAAAAUUCAAAGUCGAAGAUGAUAAUGCAAAGGGUAGUAAGAAAGAGGCCUCAUUGCCACAAUAUCUGAAGAACAAGAGCGGUAAAGAUGAUACUAAUACCAAAAUUCAAAGCAGAAAAGCUCACAAGACAGCGAGCCAUGAAUCCUAUAUGAAAAAUAGUCCAAACGAUGAACGAAAGGCAGGUCUUACGAGAGCUUUUGAAAAAAGUCACAAAGCCGCCUAUAAAGUGCAUGAUAUGCAGGACAUUAAUACAUCAAGUGAUCGGCGAGGCUUCAGAGGAUCGAAAAUCAUACAAGGCAAAGGGCAAAUCAAAACAAGAUUGUACUCUCGGAGGUACGCACCACCGAGUCGUCUGGAUGAAGUUCGGACCUGUGAUGUUCUACGUGCAGAUUUGGAAAUGCGAGAGUGUACAAGACGUAUACCACGUUGUGGAUAUGCAAAUGAAGCUUGUAGGAUAUGUUCACCAUGUACAGAAAAUGUAUGUCUUAUAGUUUGUAGAACUUAGCCAGCGUUACAUAUAAUAACAAAUACGAGAGAG